CCACACCGACCUCUUCCAGAAGACAACGCGAAGAUCGUGUCCUCAGAGCCAAAAGGGACAGGACUGCUGCACAGAAAUCUAACACUGCAAAGCUGACCAAAGACGACAGGACACCUGAGUAAAGCCUGUGCUCAUCAGAAAGCGGUGGAUCUGCACUCCUAAACCCCAACAAAGCAGGAUGACCCACAACCGUCCCUUCAUGCUCUUAUUAAUUUAACCCCCGUUAACCGGUCCGAACCAGCACUCACUGCAUGCUUCUACAGACUAGAAAACUGCUGCAUCCCCUCCCCUUUCCUCUGGAAUAAAAGCCCUAACAGUCAGUCUCCGCUUAAGCAGCAUGCCCGACGCUGCCUCCGCCAGUAACGGCGCCGAUUCCGACGGCUCGCGCUACCGCCACCGCGCGCACACAGAAGCUGAAAAGACGGAGCAAAGCGCCUCGUGCCAGCCAACAUCAUCUGGUGUUCUGGAUAAAUUGUUUGGAAAGAGGCUGCUGCAGGCUGGAAGAUACAUCAUGUCCCAUAAAUCCUGGAUGAAGACAGUGCCCACAGAGAACUGUGACGUCCUCAUGACUUUUGCAGACACCACAGAUGACCACACAUUACUGUGGCUGCUGAAUCAUGUACGCCUUGGCAUCCCAGAACUUAUCAUCCAGAUACGUCACCACAAACACACACAAGUCUAUGCGUUCUUCGUUACAGCAACAUAUGAAAAUCUGUUGCGAGGAGCAGAGGAGAUGGGUCUGCGGAAAGCAGUGAAACCAGAAUUCGGAGGUGGCUCUCGCAGCUUCUCCUGUGAGGAGGACUACAUUUAUGAGAACAUUGAGAGUGAAUUGUGCUUUUUCACAUCACAGGAACGUCAGAACAUAAUCAAAUACUGGCUGGAUAAUCUCAGAGCCAAACCAGGGGAGGUUCUUCACAACAUCCACUUUCUUGAAGGGCAGCCCAUAAUCCCAGAGCUAAAGGCACGAGGUGUGAUCCAACAAGUCUUCCCCCUCCAUGAGCAGAGAAUUCUGGGCCAGCUAAUGAAAUCGUGGGUGCAAGCUGUGUGUGAAAAGCAGCCCUUAGAUGAUAUAUGUGAUUAUUUUGGAGUGAAGAUUGCCAUGUACUUUGCCUGGCUGGGUUUUUACACAACGUCUAUGCUGUAUCCUGCUGUGAUAGGAUUUGUACUGUGGAUGCUGACUGAAACUGAUCAGACCAGCAGAGAUAUAUGCUGUGUAGUAUUUGCCCUCUUUAAUGUGGUGUGGGCCACACUGUUUCUGGAGAGGUGGAAACGAAGAGGAGCAGAACUGGCUUACAAAUGGGGCACAUUGGACACACCAGCUGAAUCACUUGAAGAGCCACGGCCACAGUUUAGGGGUGUGAAGCGGUGCAGUCCGGUGACGGGCUGUGAGGAGUUUUAUUACCCACCUUGGAGAAGGAGGGUGUUCAGAUGGUUGGUUAGCUUUCCUGUCUGUAUUUUCUGCCUUUGCUUUGUCUUCCUGGCCAUGCUCAUCUGCUUUGAGCUUCAGGAAUUUGUGAUGGGGAUUAAAGAGCUGCCACGGGUGGUGAGGUUUAUCCCUGAAAUUAUACUGGCCAUCACUGUGACUGCAUGUGACGAGGUGUACAGAAAGAUAGCCUGUUGGCUUAAUGACAUGGAGAACUACAGACUCCAGAGUGCCUAUGAGAAAAAUCUCAUCAUCAAAAUGGUUCUUUUUCAGUUUGUAAAUUCAUAUCUCAGCCUUUUCUACAUUGGAUUCUACCUCAAAGACAUGGAGCGUCUAAAGGAGAUGCUGGCAACACUGCUGAUAAUCCGCCAGUUCAUGCAGAAUUUGAAGGAAGUGCUGCAGCCGUACUUGUACGAGCGCCACCGCCUGGGAGAGCUGACUUUGCGUGCUGUGUGGGACCUGCUAGUGUCAGCAUUAAUAAAGUAUGGACGUCUGGCAGUUGGAAGGGCGCACAUGUCCCCCAGCAAACCCAGCAUCCCUGGGCAAGGCCUGCAGGGAAACCAACAAGGCGUUCUGGGCCAGCAAGAGCGCCAUGAGCGCAAGUGUUUGAACGGAGGCUGUGGUGUCCCAGAUGAGGAACUUGAGGAUGAAGCUGGAGCCAGAAACAGUGCAGAGGAGACAGAAGAGGAGAAUGCCAUUGAUUGUGGACUCAAACUGCGCAAAGUCAGCUUUAUUGAGAAGGUGGAUCGCAAGUCUAUUGGUUGCGUCAGUCCCAUAGAGGACAGCUUCCUAGAGGAAGGGAGCCCCACCAUGGUGGAGAAAGGCAUGGACCCAGCUUUGGUCUUUGAGAUGUGCGAUGAUGACGACGACAGUGUCAUCUCAGAGACAAAGGAACAAGUCGCAGAGUCGGCUGGGUCUGAGAGCAGUGUGCCACCAAAGCUGCGGAAGAGAGGCCGGAGUCUAGAGAGGGCUGACAGUAAGAGCAGGAGAGAGUCAUGGAUGGAUCCCCCAGAGGAACAAGAGACCACAACACUCACCCAAGCUGAAAUCGAGAGCUGCAUGCAAACAUAUGUGGACACAUUUCAGGAUUACCAGGAAAUGUUUAUUCAGUUUGGCUACGUGGUGCUCUUUUCCUCUGCCUUCCCACUGGCAGCCAUGUGUGCCCUCAUUAACAAUAUCAUUGAGAUCCGCAGUGAUGCCUUCAAGCUCUGCACAAGCCUCCAAAGGCCAUUUGGCAUGAGAGUGGAAAGCAUUGGACACUGGCAGACACUGAUGGAGGCAAUGGGCCUGAUAGCAAUCAUUGUGAACUGUUACUUGAUUGGUCAAUGUGGGCAGCUACAGAGGCUUUUUCCUUGGCUGAGCCCUGAGAUGGCCAUUAUCUCAAUCGUGAUUUUAGAGCACUUUGCUGUCCUACUGAAAUAUGUAAUACAUGUGGCAAUUCCUGACAUCCCCAGUUGGGUAAGAGAAGAAAUGGCCAAACUGGAGUUUCAGCGCAGAGAGGCAUUCAAGAAGCAUGAGCGCCAAGCACAGCAGCACUUCCAGCAACAGCAGAGGAGAAAAAGAGAAGAGGAAGAACGACAACGGCAAGCUGAGUACCAGGCCCGGCGUGAACGGGAUGAUGGGAGGCCUGACGCAUCUGGAAGCGACCACCAUCAUGAAAAGAGCCAAGGAGGCAAAUCCAGAUCGGGAGGAGGAGGUGGAGGAACUGUAAGCGACAAACCGAAGAGACCCAGCUCACUGCUGGCCAACAAUAACGUAAUGAAAUUCAAACAGAUCAUCCCGCUGCAGAGCAAGUUUUCAUCUGGCACAGCCCGUUCGCCACAGUCACCAACAGGGAGUGAACCAAAGCUCCCGGGCUUCCUUAGCUUCAAGUUCCUCAAGUCUCCAGAAAACAAAAAGGAAGCGGCGGCAGCCGCUUCAGCUUCAGCCAAUACCAGCAUGGCUGCACUUGGACAGGAGAGAUCACAGUCCCCCAGCAAGUCCUUUAAUCCUGGGAAACUGUUUAAUUUUGGCAAAUCGGAUGGUGGGGCAUGUAUAAAUGGGGCUCAAGUCACAAAACCAGGGGAGGGGGUGCAGCCAAUGGAGAAACCGCUAACAAAGUCUGAUCUCAAUGAUGUGUCAGACGAAUUCCCAACAACAGGGGAAGAGGAACAGGAGAAUGGACACUCAUUAGACUCAGAUUCCUCAGUCCCUAAAAUCUAAAUCCAAUAAAAAAACACCUACUGUAGAAAAUGGAUACAGACGGUCCUCUCAGUGUCCUUAAGCACAGUGAAGGACUGAGCCUUUUUUUCUGAGGAACAUAGGCUUUUCAAAGAUGACUCCCCCUACGUACACACACAAUGCCUUUUGUCUACAACACAUACAGGAAUGCAUGAGAAGCAUUUCUAAUAUGUUUUGAAAAUGAUAUCCCCAAAAAGAAUAGUACAGUUUAUCAAGUUAUCAUGGUCUAAGAAUUGUAAGCAUUUUAAGCACCCUUCAUUUAAAAAUAUUUUACCAUCAGUUUUAUAUCAUACACUGAGACCUUCAAAAAAUAACACCACAGCUUGAUAGUCUGAACAUUCAGUUUGAACUGUGAGUGUUUCUAUUCCUGAAAUUUUUUGUACUUAAAGCAGCUGGUUUAGAUUAGCAAUUGCAGCAGUAUUUCAUGAAUAAGGAGGUGCUGUAAACCUGCAAGUUAUAGAAAUUCCUGCAUCACUAGAACAUGUAGAUUCAAAUGGAAGAAAAUGCAAUAUCUCUGUUUAGAAUGACAGAUACACAGGUUUGUGAAGAACAGGAGUCUGGAGUCAUUAUGAAAGUUUGCAGGACUGCCUGAAAACUUGAGACAAGUGUGGCAAGGGCAAAUUGUGAACGUGAGAGUAUAGUGUAUGGAUGGAAGUAUGGUGGCUUUUUCAAAAUACAGCCUCUUAUUGCUGAAGUGCAGAUAGCCGCUUGGACAGGCUUUCCCUCCAUUGUUAGCAUACCCUAAAAAAAAUAUAGAAAAUGCUGGCGAUCAAGACUAUCAUGGUACUACAUUUAAAAAAAAAAUUGUGUGCGAGUCCUCCUGUGCAUCUUUUAUAUAAUUAACCUAGAGGGUAGCAUUUGAAAAAAAAAUCACUUUUUUCAGUUCUUACACUGGUUUAGUGGAGAGAGUUUUGAAUUGUGGAGAAGACAUUCCCUUGAUUUGCUACUCAAAAGCCUGCUGGACCAUCAUAAAAAUCCAGGCAAAGGGGAUUCUGUGAGGAAGUGUAGUAAUGCGUAGCAUUUCCAUUUCCACAGUUCAUACUAGUUGCAGCCUCAGAGAACAUUUUGCACUAAAUCCUACUGCUGGUGGGAGGGAAAGACUUUGCUAAGAAUAGGAGAACACCAGCUUGCCUCAUAAUGUAUGCAAAUGCUUAAUUAUUGUUUUCAUUGCAAUGCACUACAGAAGCAUUAUUAACCCAUCUGGUUUCUGAACAUCUCGGUGCUUUAUCUAACUUGGUCUAACGUGUUUAUUUGCCUAUUCAUUCCUACCUUGUUUAUUUUUAUAAUUCUGACUUCAUUACUUGCCAAAGCAACUAGCAGAAACACUUUUGUGCAUUGAUACAGUUUCUUUGUAAAGCCAUAACUGCUUGGAAUAUUUUACCAGAAGAUACAUUUAGUUUGCAAAAAUAUCCUAGCAGCUCUGAUGACCAUUUGAAGGAAUAUGGAAGAAUACAUCAUUUCUACAUUGUUUCAUUGCUGGACACAGGAAGUGGAAAUUGAGACUGGGCACAGAAGGUGAAUACUGAUCCUUUAAUGCAGUAUAAAUUCCUUUUAUUAAUCACAUUAACACAAUUAGCUUUAAAUGUAGCCUGUAGUUGGAUUUUAGCAGUCUGUGCAUUGGCUUAACUGCAAAUGAAUUAAAAUAAGUGAAAUGAAGAUGAUCCUAAAAUAGAAAGGCAAGCAAUUUGCACAGUAUUUUUUGUUUGUUUGUUUGUUUGUUUUUGUUUUGUUUAUUUUUUCUUAGCAUUACCCAAAAUACAAGAUGAACAACAGACGAUGUGAGAGGAAUGAUAAGCUAAUAAUUAAACAAUUGUCUUGAGAUGCCCAACAGUGGAUUUGAACUAAAGCAAUUCUGUUUAAUAUCAGUGAAGUACUUGUGAUUUGAUUACAUAGUAUUAUAGUAAUGUGAUAGGUAACAGGAACUAUGCACUUAUUUCCUAAUUUUGUUGACAGAGUUGGCUCAAAUAACUGUUGCAAUAAUAUGUCAAACUGAACAAUAAUCCUUACUCAUCCAGAUCUGAAGUUUUACGUCCUGAAUGUCGAGUAACGUCAAAAGUAGGAUUUUAACAAGACAUUGUAACUGGUGAAAUGAGAUGUUAACUUUUAUGUUUAAUGUUGUUCAUACAACCCAACUGUUAAGCCCUAUCCAAACCUUUUGAAUUAGCUCUGUGCUUCCAUUGGGUCUUAAAUAGAAAAUGUACAUUUUUGUGAGAUUUGUUGUGUUAUGAAUAAUAAUCAUCCCCUAAAUUCUGCACAAUUCAAAAAAUACAGUUGGAGUUUUUUCUGAAUAUUGCAUCUGUGUUCUAGUAUAAUAAAAAUUUACAUGUUAGUCACCUAUUAAUGACAAUGCUAUUCCCUAUUAACGAUCUUAUAUAUGUAGUAUAAGAUAAUAAGGCUAUAGUUUUAUCUUAUACUACAUAUAUAAGAUUGUUAAUAGAGAACAGCUUUAUAUAUAUAUCUAGCUAUUUAGAUUUAAUAUUGACAUUAAUUUGGCAGUAUUUAAUGCAAGAAGAAGUGUUUAAGAAAUAAAAUGACAUUAAAAAUGAUACAAAAUGACAUUUCAUAAUCAACUGCAUAUUUUAAACUAUUUAAAUAAAAAGUGUUAUAAAGCAUUGCUUAUUAUAAUUCUCAAAUUUAUCAUGUGGAAAAUGUGCAAAUUUGGAUCUCAGAAUAAAGAAACCUCUGGAGUAUUAGAGCAACACAUGUAAUAUUUCUGGACCAGGUAGAUAUAACUGUGGUAUAAAUAGAUUUUCAUUUCAGUUUCAUUACUUAUUAAUAACAAUAUUUCCUUGACAGAAAAAGACUCUUACUCCAUUGUGCAAAAAGAAUUUACUCUGUGUAAAGAGAAAUGAAACCCUGUGUGAUGUGGCUUACACUAAGGCACGAUGUCUAUGUUCUACAAAUAUGAACUAAUAAGCUAUAAUUCCUACCCUAUUAUCUUGAGUGUUACUGUGUAUUUAUGGCAAAGACAAUGAGUUUUAUGUCUUAGUUUAACUGAAGAGAAACAUGGAUGCUGCAAGGUCUCUGUCAUAUCUGUCCAGCAGUUAAUGUCAUCACCAGUUAAUCAUCAGUUAAGGUUAUUUAAUAAGAUCAGACAUUUAUUUUUUACUAAUCUAUAAAAGAAAACCUUAUAUGUGACCGUGGUUUAUGUUCAACCCUACUGUGAAUAAUUAAUGGGCUAUUUAUUUUUGAUUUAUACUUUUAAGAAAUUGCCACUCAGAAGCAGAUAUGUGCGGUUACAGACAGUGAAAAAAACAAAAGCCUGGUAGUACUCAAGUGUGUAGAAUUCCUUCUCUGAAGGCAACCUCACAAAUUAACAUGCACUUCCAAUACACCACUGUAAAGUUUCUUUCAUUUUCAAAAAAAAAAUGUUCAUAGAAAAUGGUUUUAUUUAUUUCUGUUCAUUUAUUUUUGUCAUAUUUUUGUAAGACCUGAAAUGGAAUAAUAAACAGUUUUAAAUUUACA